AUGGAGCUUCCCCAGAAUCUGCAGUCACUCCACAUUGACAGCUGCGACGGACUAACUUCUUUGCCGGAGAGCCUAUCGGAAAGCUACCUCAGUCUCCAAGAACUCAUCAUCGUUGCUUGUCACUCUCUGGAAUCUCUCCCUCGGAGCCACCCUCCAACCACAUUGAGAACCCUAUACAUAAGAGACUGCGAGAAACUAAAUUAUUUCGCAGAGAGUUUGCAGCCAACGAGAAGUUACUCGCAGCUCGAGCACCUCUUCAUCGGAAGUAGCUGCAGCAAUCUCCUCAAUUUCCCUCUAUCCUUGUUUCUGAAGCUCAAAAGCCUCUCAAUUAGGGAUUGUGAAAGCUUCACGACUUUCUCGAUCCACGCCGGACUCGGAGACGACCGAAUUGCGCUUGAGUCACUGGAAAUUAGGGAUUGCCCAAAUCUGGAGAAAUUCCCGCAAGGAGGACUCCCAACGCCGAGACUCUCUUCGAUGUUACUCUCCAACUGUAAGAAUCUCCGAGCGUUACCGGAGAAAUUGCCCGGGCUCACUUCUCUCCUCCUCUGCGACAAGCUCACGCCGAGGAUCGAAUGGGGAUUGAGAGAUCUGGAAAAUCUCCGAAAUCUCGAGAUCGAAGGAGGAAACAACGACGUCGAAUCGUUUCCGGAUGAAGGGUUACUGCCAAGAAGUGUUUUUUCUCUGAGGAUAAGCGGUUUCGAAAACCUCAGGGCUCUGAAUCGCAAAGGGUUUCGAGAUACAAAAGCUCUCAAAACGAUGGAGAUCAACGGCUGUGGUAAGCUACGGAUAUCAUCGAUAGAUGAAGAUCUUCCUCCUUCCUUGACUUGCCUCCGAAUAAGCUCGUGUCCAUUGUUGGCGGAGAAUUUUGCUGACGCAGAAACAGAGUUGUUCUUGCGCGUUCCACAUGUAGAAAUCGACGGCGAGUUCUUCUUUUGUUGA